AUGGGAUCCCAACGGUCUGGUCGUGGCUCUUCGACCUCCCUGUCCAAAAAGACUGGGAACAAACUGCAUCGGCAGUCGCUUUACGUGAAACGGAAACAAGACAAUGAGAAGGAGAAGCGCGAGAGCCGCUUUCGCCGGAAGAAGGAGGAAGAUCGAGAGCCUGAACUCCGGCGAGCGCGAGUUGGACGCAAUCAGCCCACGACCAUAGACAAAAAGCGAGUCUGGGACGACGUUGAUGAUGACAGCCUCGGCGCAAACGUGGACAUGGAGAAACUCCUGAAGAGAAGGGGGUUACAACAAGAGGAAGAAGAGCAGGCAAUAGAAGAAGCAUCCGAGGACGACGAGAAAGACUCAAUGCUGGGGGUCUCGGACGAUGAAGGGUCCGAGGACGAGUCCGCUGCCGCUGCCACGCGCGCGAGACAGGUUUUGAGGGAUGAUAGCCUCGCGCCCUCGACAACGUCUACCAAUCUCGACCUGACACCCCAGUCGUUAGUCGCGAAGUUCCCAUUACUAUUCGACGACGACAAUAGACCUGAAGAGCCCAAGGUUCUCAUCACUACGGACCGGAAUGCAACUAUACACAAGGAAGCGCAACUUCUCUGCACACUCUUCCCGAACUCGAACUAUGUCCCGAGAUCGGCACAUCGAGACAAGAGGGCUACGGAGAAGAGUGUUCAGGGUGCGGAUGGACAGGAGCUCAAAGGAGUCGAAAGCAUACGAACGGGUCUUCAAGAACUAGGCCCACGCUGUACUCUAAAGCUCAGACGCAUAGACAAGGGCAUUGGCAGAGCUGGAAGUCAAGGGGACGAUGCUGUCCAGUGGGAAUGGAAGGCAAAGAUGGAGAAAACCCGUACACGGUUCAACCUCUAG